UGGAAAAUUUUUGGGGCUCUAUUUUCACGACUACACUUAAUUUAUGAGAAUUCUCUCUAUAUAUAUGUUUUAAGUUGAAUUGAGAUGGCUAGAUAGUGACACGGCACGAACUGAAAAUAGAUUAGAUGUGGCUAUUUUUCCACUAUAAAUAUAUGCACAAUUGUGCAUGAGUUUCAUCAACCAACGGGUCCCAACACUCACAAUAACUAAGAUCUUGAUUGGAACAAUUGUGCUCCAAUUUCCUUCCGUUAAGGGCAAGUAAUGGAGAUCCCGAUGCCUUUUAGCUUCAGUACUGCUCUGCUGCUUUUUCCAUCUUUCAUCUUCUUUCUAAUCAUGGCAUGGAAGAAAUCCAAAUCCCCCAGAAAAUACGAGAAGUUGCCUCCAGGCCCUCCAAAGCUGCCGGUGAUUGGGCACCUCCACCACUUGGCCGGCGAGCUGCCACAUCGUGCAUACAGAAGAAUAGCUCACAAGUAUGGACCCGUCAUUCAUCUGCAGCUUGGAGAAGUCUCAGCUGUCGUGAUUUCAUCACGGGAGGCGACUAAAGAGGUGCUCAAAGAUCAGGACCCUGCCUGCGCAAAUAGACCUGAAAGCAUCGGCAUUCAGAUCAUGUGGUACGAUUACGUUGACAUGACCUUCAGUCCCUACAACGGAUACUGGAGGCAGAUGCGUAAGAUUUGCACUCUGGAGCUUCUCAGCGCUAAGAAUGUCAGGUCUUUUGGGUACAUUAGGCAGGAGGAGUUGUCUCUUCUCCUUGAAUCUCUCCGGUCGUCAUCUGGAGAGGCCAUCAAUCUGACCCAAAAGGUGUUUGCGUUCACGAGUUCUGUCAUCUGCAGGGCGUCUUUAGGUAAAGUGAUGAGGGAUCGCGACAAGCUGAUAGAAAUGUUGAAGAAGGCAGUCGCAAUGGCCGGAGGAUUUGAGUUGGCUGAUUUGUUUCCCUCUUCCAAAUUGAUGCAUGUUCUCUGUUGGAACAAAUACAAAUUGUUACGGAUGCGGCGGAAGCUCGAUGCAAUUCUUGAUGUCAUCCUGGAGGAGCAUAAAUUGAAGAAGAGUGGAGAUGUUAGCCGCGGUGAAGACAUAGUGGAUGUUCUACUCAGAAUGCAGAAAAACGGAGAACUCCAAUUUCCCAUCACUAAUGACAACAUCAAAGCCGUCAUUUUUGACAUGUUCUCUGCCGGAACUGAAACAUCAUCAACUACCAUCGAUUGGGCCAUGGCAGAACUAAUGAGAAACCCUCGGGUGAUGGCAAAAGUACAAGCAGAAGUAAGAGAAGCCUUUAAGGGAAAGACGACGGUGGAAGAGAGCGACGUGCAGGCUCUCAAAUACCUGAAAUUGGUGAUCAAAGAAACAUUCAGGCUGCACCCUCCAAUCCCAUUACUCCCAAGAGCAUGCAGAGAUGAAUGCGAAGUUAAUGGCUACUCAAUUCCUCUCAAAUCCAAAGUCCUGAUUAACAUCUGGGCCAUGGGAAGGGAUCCCGAAUAUUGGCAUCAACCCGAGACCUUCCAACCCGAAAGAUUCGACAACAGUUGCAUUGAUUUCUUGGGGAAUAACUUGGAAUACAUCCCAUUCGGGGCAGGAAGAAGGAUUUGCCCUGGGAUGAACUUCGGACUGGCAAAUGUGGAGCUUCCAUUGGCACAACUUCUCUACCACUUCGACUGGAAGAUGCCGAAAGGAAUGACUCCAGACGAUGUAGACAUGACGGAGGCAGAAGGAAUUGCGAUCGCAAGAAAGAAUGGUCUAUUCUUGGUUCCCACACCCUACAAUCCUUCCCAGGAGACUUGAUCACCAAGAUGCAUCAAUAUAACCUUUAUCAAGUAUACCAAAAUUUUAGACAUUUCACUUCUUUUUGUUUAAUCGAAAUAGUAGUUAUAUAAUUAUAUUAAUAUUAAAAAAUUAUCAACACUUAGCGUGCCGUCUAUGUACCAACAACUUUCACUAGUCAAAUAUAGAUAACAAAGCUAUUGAGUAGCGCAAUAUGUUGUGCGUUAA